CACCCAUUGAUCUUCAUUUCCCUGCAUUCGACAUUUCACCCUUCUCCUCCUCCUUCUUCUCCAGCAUUCAACCCUUCAUUCACCCUCCUUCUCCUUCUUCAUCUUCGCCUCUUCGCAUUCGCUGAAAGGCACCUUCUACACACUCCUUCACUCUUGUUUUGCCGCAGCAUUUGAAGCGUGUGCCUUUCUACAUCCCUCGCUUUGCAACGACUGUCCCCUUGAUCGCCGCCAAUCCCACCCUCCCUCCACCUCGCAAUCAUGCACACCUUCGUGGCCUUGGCCGUCGCUCUGGCCGCCGCGGUCGCCUCCGCCAACCCCUCUCCCGUACAGGUCGAAGCCAACGCGACCCCGGUUCGCCGCAGUGCUUCCCUGCCCACCGUUACAACCCGAGGAAAUGCUUUCUGGGCUGGCAGCGACCGGUUCUACUUGAAGGGCAUUGACUACCAACCCGGCGGCUCCUCCCAGCUUGUCGACCCCCUCGCCGACGAGUCAAUCUGCCAGCGAGAUAUCCCUUACAUGAAGAAUCUUGGCUUGAACACUGUGCGAGUGUACUCCGUCGACAACACCGCCAACCACGAUUUCUGCAUGAACCUCCUCGCCGAGAACGGCAUCUACCUCGUCCUCGACGUCAACACCCCCCUCUACUCCAUCAACCAAGACCAGCCGGAGAAGUCAUACAACCCAUACUACCUGCAGAGCGUCUUUGCCACCAUCGACGAGUUCGCGCAGUACACCAACACCCUCGCCUUCCUCUCCGGUAACGAGGUCAUCAACGCCCCCAACAACACCAAUGCCGCGCCCUUUGUCAAGGCCGUGAACCGUGACAUGAAGCAGUACAUCGCCGAACGCGGCUACCGUGCCAUCCCCGUGGGCUACAGCGCUGCCGAUGUCGUUCCUCAGCAGUACACCCUCGCUCAAUACUUCGACUGCGGCGACAAUGCCUACUCUCGCGCCGAUUUCUACGGCAUCAACAACUACCAAUGGUGCGACCCCUCUUCCUUCGAUCAAUCCGGCUGGGAUGUGCUCGUCCAGCAAUACAGCAACUUUAGCAUACCCAUCUUCCUGUCCGAGUAUGGCUGCAUCCACCCCGGCCCCCGAACAUUCGCGGAAACCCCCGUCCUCUACUCUUCCGAAAUGACUCCGUCCAUCUCGGGCGGUCUCGUGUACGAGUUCUUCAACCAGGGCAACGGCUACGGCAUCUUCAACCUCAAUGGCAACAACCUCAGCCCUGUCGGCAACCAAUACCAAUACCUCAUGACCGCCAUGCAGCAGGUCUCAACGCCCUCCGGCGAUGGCGGCGCUAUGUUCAACAACGGACCGCAGCCCUGCCCCAACCAACAGCAGGGAUACUGGGACACGGGUGCUUUCACCGGCUCUGCCCUCCCCGCCACCCCGUCCGGCGCCGAGCAGUUCUUCAAGAACGGUGCUGGCACCGGCCCCGGUUUUGGCGGCAAGGGCUCGCAGUGGGAGACUGGUGGGAGCUCGUCGACCGCCUCUGCCAACGCUGGUUCUCCGACCGCCACCUCCACCGGCAGCUCUUCCGGCAGCGGCAGCUCGCACCACAGCGGUGCGAUGGCUUCUGCUCGCAUGGACUUCGGCCCUGUCAUGGCCUCCGGUGCUGCCAUCUUCGCCACCUUCAUCUUUGGCCUGUUCGCCUUGUAAGAGGUGGAAAUGGCUGUGACUUGCGAGCGCUUGUUGUAUUGAUCGUGUAGUAGAGAUUCCCACAGCAUCCUGGCGGCGGAGAAAUUCUUCACCAGGUUGUGGAAGGGAGACUCGAGGCUAUGGUCUGUUUUCUCGUUGUGGCAGUUUUGGUUGGUUGGUUACAUACCCGGGCUAUGGCGGUGGAUGGAAACAUCGACCCCUUCCGGGCGAGCGAAAGAAGGCCCGUCUUUCUAGGGCUGCGGGUUCUUUGGAAAAAUUGGGGCUUCACCCUGUGCAGCAUCGGCGGCGUUUUUUUAUUCACCACACUUUUUAUGGUCUGUAGUCUGAAUGUACAAUCGGUCUUGGAACUUGA